AGAUGGCGGAUGCGCUCCGUGAUGUGAACGAGUCUGACUAGAGAUGAUCUGAAGGAUCCGCAGGGACUGCAGAGAGACUCCAGCCUUCCUUAGACCUCCACACGGACCUCCCGCUGCUCCCCUCUGUCUCCCCCCCGCUCUCCUCCCAGCACUCCCCCGUCCUCCCCCCGUUCUUCAUGCCGUCUCCCAAGGCUCGGAGCCCGGCGGCUCGCAGCGGAGGCAGCCCCGCUCUCGGAGGCUCUCCUGGCCGGUAUGAUUUCAUGUCUCUGACCCAGCCUCUGAGUCGCUCCUCCCCGCCUCACCUCCUCCAGAGACAGGCCUCAGACCCGUCCACAGCCCGGCUCCGGGCCUCGGAGAGCCCCACCCGGCGCAGAGGCUCCAGCUCGUCCACGGGCUCCGGACAGGGUCUACCGGAGGAGGACGGGCUGCGGCUGAACCCGUCCUUCCUGAGGGUGGCGCUCUCCUCCCUGCUAGCCGUGGACCUGUGGAUGUCCAAGAGGAUGGGCGUGUGCGCGUGCGAGGACUCGUCGUGGGGGAGCGUGCGGCCUCUGAUGAAGCUGAUCGAGGUGUCGGGACACGGGAUCCCGUGGCUGAUCGGGACAGCCUACUGUCUGUACAAGAGCGACAGCACCGCGGGACAGGAAGUGAUGCUCAACCUGCUCAUGGGUCUCCUCCUGGACCUGGUCCUGGUAGGUGUGGUCAAAGCUGUAGUGCGCCGCCGCCGCCCGGCUCAUAACCGCAUGGACAUGUUUGCCACCUUCUCUGUGGACCGAUACUCCUUCCCGUCGGGCCACGCCACCCGUGCCGCCAUGUGUGGGCGGUUCCUGCUGGCUCACCUGGUGCUGGCCGCACCCCUCCGGGUCCUGGUCCUGCUGUGGGCCGGCCUGGUGGGACUGAGCCGCGUGCUGCUGGGACGGCACAACGUGACGGACGUGAUGUUUGGCUUCUGGAUGGGAUACUGCCAGUACAACCUGGUGGAGAUGAUGUGGCUGUCUCCUCAGACGCUGCAAGGCAUGCUGGGAAUGGAAGUGUGAAGUUAGGGACCAAAGGAGGAAACGUGGGGCCCUGAGUCGUCUGUGUUUAGACUGAGCCAGAAUAGAAAUCCAUACAUUUAAAUAGAGAAUAUAAGGUGUUAAAUAUAAAAGGAUAGAGACGACCAGAGGAGGGAGGAUUAUUCACACUUUACUUCUGCUGUGUUGUGACAAUUUAAUUCUUCACAUUUAGGAUUUAAAUCAGAAAUAUCACAUGAUAGAUUUAAACCACCUCAUGGGGUGAAGAUUUAGCCACGUACAUCCUGUUAUAAAGCCAUCUGAACCAGAGGGCAUGCUAAACCUUUAUGCUGUUCAUCAUUUUGGCGGACAGGGUUGUCAAAAUGUUGUCUUACUCUUUUACAUCCAUUAUUUUAAUUUCAUCUCUUUAAUAUAAUAAUUUAUCUAUAAUAUAAGAUGGAUUUGGCAUUCAUUUUCCAACCUUUAUUUUGUACAAAGAGCAGUCUGAGGUUUUUUCAUUUUGAAUGGAUUGGUUCAGUGUCAUUCAUGUCAUUUUUUACGCAGUGACAGAGGAGCACAGUCUCUGUACAUCUAAAUAUGAGCUGAGCCGUUUACUUUUAAAGUAUUUUUUAAUAUCA